GCUCAUAAAGCAGAUUUUUCCACUUCACAAGCAGAAGAAGCAGAAGCAAACACGAUCCCAAUCGAAGAUGGCACCAAAAGGUAGCUGGAAAGUUGGCCAGACCAUCGGUUGCGGCGCCACGGCCACCGUCUGCCUCGCCGCGGAAGCCGAUUCUGGUGAUCUCUUCGCAGUCAAGUCGUCCCCCAUCUCGCGCUCUGCUCUUCUUCAAAGAGAACAGAGCAUGCUCUCCUCCCUCUCCUCUCCUCACAUCAUCUCCUGCCUCGGCUUUGAAAUCUCCAGCGACUCCUACAGCCUCUUCCUCGAGCUCGCAGAAGGGGGAACUCUCUCCGAUCUCGCGGGCCGUCUGGACGAGCCAAAAAUCCAAUCUUUUACUCGCCAGAUCCUUCUCGGGCUCUCCUACCUCCAUUCGAACGGCAUCGCCCACUGCGAUGUAAAGGGGAGGAAUGUUCUUCUCUGCUCCGAGGCCAUCGUCAAGCUUGCGGAUUUCGGUUGCGCAAGGAGAGUUGGUGAUGGCUGUCGGUCGGUGAUGGGGACGCCGGCGUUCAUGGCGCCGGAGGUGGUGCGAGGGGAGGAACAGGGGAUCGCCGGCGAUGUUUGGUCUCUUGGGUGCACAGUGGUGGAGAUGGCUACAGGGAAGUCACCGUGGCCGGAAGCUACUAAUCCAGUUGCGGCUAUUCACAAAAUUUCGUUUUCUUCUGACGUGCCGGCGAUGCCGGAAUGGAUUUCGGAUAAAGGAAAGGACUUUGUGUCCAAGUGCUUGAGGAGAAAUCCGAAGGAGAGGUGGACGACGGAGCAGCUUCUCCGCCACCCAUUUAUUGUCGAAUCAGAGGAGAUCUGCUCCAGCUGGAAACAGGGAAAGCGGAUUUCCCCAAAGAGCACCAUGGAGUUUGAAUUAUGGGACUCGGAAACAGAGGAUGAGGAGGAGCACGAGGGACUAGCUUCACUGGAAUUGAACUUACCAGAUAGAAUCCGGCAGCUUGAGUCCCCGCCGGCGACCUGGGCGUGGGAUGACAACUGGAUUGAAGUCAGAGGAGGGAGCGACGACUGUGAAUGUUCGGGGAGCGGAAGGGACGACUUCGCCGCUGAGAGCAACGGCUACAAAGACGCAAUUUUAUUCAGGGAAUCCAUGGAUGUUGAGGAAGAAGAAUUAGACUCUGUUCAUUUUGCUGGUGAAGCAGAUGAUAGAACAGAGAAUUUAGUGAUUAGAUGUAAUAGUUUUAUUAAUGAUAUUGCUGAGUUUCAGAUUUACUAUUAUAUUUUGUUCCUUGCUGUUUCAAUUUCUGAAUUACAUUUCUUAAUUAUUUCAUUCAUGGGCUUAUGGAGCGAAAGGAGAAAGUUUGAUGUCUCAAUUGUUUCAGCAAUUUCUCUAAUGGACAAAGGAUGA